AUGGUUAUUGCAGAUCAAUAUUUCUCUUUCGGCGUUGGUCCUCCUACCAGGAAGUCAACAAAAGUAUCUUUCCUGGGCGCCGGCGGCGACAUUUGCAAUACUGGCCGCGUGGGGUCUAACUGGAGUUUGUCUCGCUUUUCUUCACAAGCGGUAUCUUCUAGACCGUCGCUUGCAGAAGCCAUCCUGCUUUUGCCUCUCUCAAUCACAGCCGCCAUGAUAUACCUAGCAGCACCGCGGGGCAAUCAAGCCUUGGACAAUUUGCAGCUUCCCAUUCCAGUUCCUGGGCCGCGGAGCCUACGAUACCACCGGCACUCCCGAGCCACUCUCCCACCAAGCGGCCAAAAUUUCUGA